CAUACAUCCCUCCCUCCCUCCCUUGGCUCAAAACGUCCAUACUCGUCCAUUACACAAUAGACGUGGUAUGGUCUCACAUCCAUCCCGUCAACCCAACACACCAGCUCAUCCCUCGGAAUCUACCACCGCAACCCUUCUCCCUUUCCCAAAUCAUCUUCAACCCUCACCUCACAUCCAACAACAGAGUAUGGAGAUGAAUAUGACACCUCCCCCCGCUCAUGGGAAGAUGCAUCCUCCUUCUACACAAAAACGACCUUUACCUCAGAAUGGGAAUACCGAACAUCAGAACGUUUUCGGUUCAGUCAUGGGUAAUCCGGCUGGUUCAGGAGGAGGCGUCGGUAGUGGAGGAGGAGGAGGAGGUAAUUUGAGUGCUGGACACGGAGGAGAAGGUCCGAAGAUUUACGCUAGUGUUUAUUCCGGAGUCCCAGUGCUUGAAUGCAUGAUCAGAGGUAUUUCCGUCAUGAGACGUAAUCACGAUUCUUGGGUUAACGCAACUCAAAUACUCAAAGUGGCUGGAAUUCCAAAAUCGGCAAGAACAAAGAUACUAGAAAAGGAGAUUCUUGGUGGUGUUCAUGAAAAAGUUCAAGGAGGGUACGGUAAAUAUCAAGGAACAUGGAUUCCACUUACUCGCGGUCAAGAAUUAGCUGCACAAUUCGGCGUGACAUCAUUCGUCGCUCCUAUCUUUGAUUUCGUUCCGACUCCUCAUAAUCUUGCGGCUCUUCCUCAAGUCCGACAAGAAACUCCAGAUCGUUCAAAACCUCAACCAACGACUCAAAACCAAUCUCAUCUUCAUCAAUCUGUCCCACGUCUGGGACCAGGAAUGAUGGUUUUACCUCCUCAAUACACCCCAUCUCAUAUGACCGAUUCUUCCGGAAGAUCGAUGACUCAAUUCACUCAUGGUCAACAAUUAUAUUACUCUCCUCAACCUCAACCUCAACAUCCUUAUUAUCUUCCUAGACCGGAUCUGACACCUAUUAAUCCCGACGGUAGAGUUCUAGCCCCAGCUCCAGAGAUUAACGAACCUUCAUCUAGACCCAUACUUCCAGGUUCUAUGAGACUUUCAACACGACCACCUAGACCACGUCAAACGGCAGAAACUGAACGUAUUCGAGCUAAACUUCUCGGUCUAUUCGCUUCUCCUGAAACACCAGAUUUACGAGAAGUUUUCGGUAUCCCUUCCGACGCACCGAUGGAUGUGGAUGUGGAUACUAUAAUCGAUCCUCAUGGUCAUACGGCUCUUCAUUGGGCUUGCGCCAUGGCUCGAAUGCCUUUGGUAGAACAACUCAUCGGUUUUGGCGCAGACAUUCAUCGUGGGAAUUUCGCAGGUGAAACUCCUUUAAUUCGUUCAGUUCUCACUACGAAUCAUGCUGAAAGUGGUACUUUUGUCCAUCUCUUAACACAUCUAGCUCCAUCUAUCCGAACUCUAGAUCAAGCUUAUCGAAGCGUUUUACAUCAUAUCGCUUUAAUCGCAGGUGUACGAGGUCGAGCUUCUGCAGCGAGGACGUACUUGGUAGGAGUAUUGGAAUGGGUGGCUAGGGAACAACAACAGAGUCAAGAGAAUGGAGAGGCGGGAGGAGGAGAAAUGAGUUUGAAGAAUUUGGUUGAUGUACAAGAUGUACAUGGUGAUACGGCUUUGAUCGUAGCUGCUAGGGUUGGGAAUAAAGGUUUGGUGCAAUUGUUAUUAGAUGCGGGAGCGGAUAAAGCAAGAGCUAAUAAAUUGGGAUUGAAAGCGGCAGAUUUCGGUGUGGAGACGGAGGCAUUGAAACUCUCUCCUGGUGAGGUUGUGGUAUCAAGUCUCCGAUCUGAAGUGCCCAAACCUGAGCGACACAGUCGUGAUGUACAGAAAAACAUCACAGCAAUGUUCGAAACCAUUUCUCGAUCCCACGACGAAGAAAUGACUGAAAAACAAACUCGUCUCAAUGUUAUCGAACAAAACGUUCGUCAUGCCACUCGUUCAUUAGCUGAAAGACGUACACAAAUCACUUCUCUUCAAAAAUCUCUUGAUGAAUUCGAACAAUUAUCUCAAAAAACCAAUAACAUUUCAAGGAUCUUAUCUUCUUCAUCAAUGGAUGAUAUCGUUUCCAACCCCAUUUUCGGUUCUAACGUCAAUAUCAGAUAUUCAGGAGGUGAAGAGAUUAUUAUACCUGGUAGAGGUGAGAAAGAUUCUAUUGGAACGUUGAGACGUAUGUGUGCUUGGGAAGAUACGGUCGGACAGAUUUUAGAAGAAAAAAUGAAAUUGUUAGAAGGUGAAAGUUCUGAAAAAGCGGUGAGGUAUAGGAAAUUAGUCAGUUUGUGUACUAAAGUUCCUGUGGAUCAAGUUGAUGGAAUGCUCGACGGUUUGACAAAAAGUGUUGAAAGUGAUGGAAGUCAAGUAGAUCUCGGUCGAUUGAGUCAAUUGUUAAAUAGGAUAAGAGGGUGA